GCCGGACACGGUGCGUGCCGCGUUUUGUGAUGGUUUUUGAUUUUUAGUUUUACACCAAUCACAUACGACUAGUAGUUGUUGAAACAAAAAUACGCUCUUUUCCUCCGGUUUCGAUUCUAUUAUCGCUUUUGGAACUCGGCUUAGCGCUAUUUCUUUCCGCACAUCUCUCGACACACCACAGUGAAGAUUCCAGCCUUAAAUAAUAGCCGACCCCGUUUCUGGUCACGAAUUAGUCUAGCUACCGAAUCAGUUUGAAAGCACGUGUUGGCCGCCGCAGGAAAGCCCCCCAUGCGCCACAAACAAGGAAGAUCAAGAUGUUAAGUGCAGCUUUGGCAAGAUUGGUGCUGCUGGGCUUUGCAGCAACGCCCAAAUCCUCGCAAUCGGUGCUUGCCGGAAUACAACUUCCGGGCCUGCCUCUCAGAAGCAGCGUGAAGGAAUCACCGUCGGCACUAGUGACGAGCCCCCCUGUAGUACUAGGAGCACCACGACCACGACCUCCGGAGAGGGAGACCACACUUGUCGCACAGUGCCGCGGAUCGGCAUGCAAUAGGUUAGCCCCGGAAGGAGCUGCCAGAUCUCCUUCCGCUGCGCAGCUAGAAAUGAAUACCACCGAGGUAGGUUGUGAAGAACGCCAACACAGGCGGACCCUUUACACGUCGCGGAAGAAUUUUUAUGACUACGCCCAGCACCGACGCUUUCUUAUUCUCGUGCAUAAACUCGCACAGGAAGCAAGACGUGGCUCGAGAAACCGCGAGAGGCCGAGGCAUUCCCGACAAGUGCAAAAACCACGAGGCAAGCCUUGGAAUGUUUUUGCUGAAAAUGCAAACGAAAAAGGUGCUAGUGCCAGUACGACACAGCAAGUAGUAGACAAAGAGCUACAUCAAGAGGCGCAAAAUGAGAAAGUAGUGCGGAAGAUGAACAGUACGAAUACUAAUGUCUUCGAGUUUGGGCAACUACAGCACAACGAUAGGAGAGCGGCACGACUGCAAGAACCGAAGCAGCUGCUCUGGGAACUAGACGUUCUGGCCGAUCGCAUAGCACAGCGGAUAAUAUUCGGCGCAGAAAGAAGUAGUGAGGCGCUCCCGCUUCACCGACGUAUUGAAGCCCCUCAGCCCACUUCGCGACCGCAACCGCAACCGCAGAACCUCGGAAAGUUUUUUACCGACAAUUAUCGAUUUACCCACUCCGCGUCGACUGACGUACUACAAAUAUCCGACAGAGCGGCAAGGACUAACACCGAGAAGAGUGCAGUAACAGAAAGCAAGCAGUCGGUGGCGCAAAGGAAGACCAUCUGCGUGGUGUCUAGCAGGAAUGGAGGCGGUGACAGAGAAGUUUUUUUCCGGUCAGCCUCAACAUCCGAGGAAGCACAUCAGCAUCAAGUUCGAGACGAAGAUGCCUCUGCCACGGCUGCUACGAAUAUUACAGAUUUUCACGCGAAGAUACCGAUUUCGGAGUUUUUGACUGCAUACGCCAUUAUCCUCGUGAAGCUCGUGGUGCGUGUCGGACAGUGGAACAAAUCGGACGCCACCUCUCCUUCGCGCAAAGCGGCAAGCCCGGAAGUGGGACACUUGGAAAUGAAGCUUCGCAAAAAUCCAUCACGUUCGGCGCACUCGUCCGGCUGGUCACCAGAGAGGAUAAUCGUUCCCUCUAGGAGGCGGGCUAGUUCUACUACAGAGUUUUGUUUGCGGCCUGGGUCUGUUCUUCAGGAGAGCCCCAGGGAGGUCUUCCGGGUGGCAGCGUGGGUCGCAGAUGAACAAGUUGAUAAAGGUGUAAGCCGAUCCGCCCAAAAAGAUUUUUGGGCGACACCGCAGUAUGGGGAGCAGGAACCGCCGGACAUCAAAUACAAAUUCCAUCCGAAAAAUAAAGCUUGCUCUAGCACGGGCACGACCUCCCGACGAUUAGCCGAGGUACUAGUACCUCCAUCUUCGACGUGGCACAAAUUUCAGGAGGUUUUUCACGAACGAUUUGUGCGCCAGGUUGCGGAAAGCGUCGAGAAGAGAGAGAGGCCUUGGAUCGCGAGACUUACCUGUCUGGUGGCUCACCACACGCCUCUCACGGAGGCGGCCUUCGGUGCCGGAGAGUGGUUCCUUUGGAAGCAGGGCGCGGGCCUGCUGCGCACCAAGAUGCUCACGCUGUUAUGGCACGGCAUCACCGGGGAUCUUCAAGUCGGUACCGCACAAGAGAAAGCGAUGCUGCACGCGCACGUCCGCGAAAACCUCGUUCGGGGGCAUAAUUUUUCGCCCUCCUCCGGCCUGCUGACGGCCGCAGAGCAGGAGGGGGCUGUGUUGGAAGUGAUGCGGAUGAUGAUCUUCCUCUACAAAGCCUUUGCGCUCCGGGCGGGACGCCACUAUCAAGAAGAAAAAUCCCCCCUCCCCAUAUCGAAACGAAGUUUCUGAUGCUGGAUUUGCGUACACAAAUCGGGUCUGUCUUGCUGGAAAGGACUGCAGGCAUUUACCAAGCCUCGGUCGAGAGGUUUUGACGUAGGGGACUAGCAUGACAGACGUCGGCCCUAUAAGCCCAACAGCAUCACAAACCGCCGGCAUAAUGCGGCGGACUCUCUGGCUUUGCCUUCUUGCAAGACAGACAGGAUUUGUGACCUCAAAUCUGCAUCACAAAUUUUCAGACGAGUGCGUUUUCAAUAUGGGGAGGGGGGACUUUUCCUCUCAAUAGCCACGUGCUCGUGUUCGUGCGCCUGACCGCGUACUUGUUUCUCCUGCAGCGAGUGAUCGAUCUUCUCGCCGCGUCGUCCUCUCGCCGCGGAAUGAUGUGGGAGAUCGCGAAUAGCUCGAUUCUCCAGAGUCUCUUUCCAAGUGCCAUCGACUACAGCAGACUGGCUGAUCUAACGACCCUCGCGCGCCAUUUCCUCGACGCAACCGGGACUCGGGAAAUAUUUCACAGCAUCGUGGAAGCGGCCACAGCCACGACAGCAGACCUUGCGGAAGUUUCAGACCUGUUGAACCUUUAUUAGAGCUUCAUCCUCUCGUCGCUGGAAAAAAUGCAAUUUAUUAGCAACGAAGAAGAGUAAUAAAAGUCGAGGCGCCCGCGCUGGUAAGGAUGCCGCGCCAGGAAAUUGCUGGCUCUGUACUUCUGUGCGCUAUAGGAUACGGAGGCAUGCGCAUCUGCCUGCGUGCUCGAAAGUUCGUUCACCCGAUUGAAAAAAGACCCGACAGAGCAAGAUGCUUUUCAGUGUGAACAUGAGCAGACAAUGUUCAGUGGAUAAUUUACCUAAAACAUGCUCGGGCAAAAAGCAGGUGCCGAUCGUGCGGCGCAAUUAAAGAAUACAAUAUGCGACCAAUGCGAUAGCUUUGCGUGGUCGAGCAAUAGCAGUCCAAGUCUCUUGUUGAUGAAUAUAGUUGAUGAAAAAGUAUCUAUACUGAUAUUACGGUACGUAGUUCCCAAGCUUCUACUAUUGACCUUCAGCGCGCGCGCGCAUGCAGUAGCACUAGCAGCUUUUUAUUUUCUCGAAGCUUUUUUCGGAUUACUGGCUAAGUAGCUACACAACCUCAACGCAGCACGCGGACAAGCCCCCUCGUGCUCCCGGUGCCACGGCGUCGAAGCAAAUAAAGAGGCACGACAUAGUACCCGCUCGUCUGAAUAACAAUUAUGACCAUUCGCGGUUACCCACUUGCUUGGACAAUAUUGUGCAUAUUAAUAGGCACUACACCUUUUUUGACAUGAAUUUCUCAUAAAUUAUCACUUGGGCUCGCCUGAAAAGACCGCUACUAAGACGACUCCUCGCCGAGCACUUUUCUUUCUGAUGCUCUUAGUUUUGACAUUUUCCUGUACAAAUUUUUUUUCGUAGUUCGAUAUUAUUCCCUGCCCCUACCAUAUGCUUUAAUGUUAUCACAAAAAUUAUUGGGAAGUGGUGUUACUUAACUACGAUCUAGCUCUUGGCCUUGCUGUUACUCGCAGAUGACAUCAAUCAUCCACUUGUACGAUGCACUUUUACAAUUGUGGAACCGCAAUAAAAUCACGUCGACAGAACACUGAGGCGUACUAUCGAC